GCUGUUUUUGAAGGAAACAUGGCUGCUGGAGGCAAUCUCGGCCAGGAAGAAAUGACUUGCCCCAUUUGCCUCCAACGUUUCUUGGACCCAGUGAUUACUGACUGUGGGCACAGUUUCUGCCAUGCUUGCCUCAUCCAGAGUUGGAGUGACUCUGAUGCAGCAGGUUGUUGCCCUCGGUGUGGAAAACCCUUUAAAGAAGGCAGCUACAAGCGGAUCCAUGAGCUAGCAAGGCAUGCAGGGGAAUCCACGAAAUCUAAAGAAGGGGAAGGUGCGAAAAGCAAGACUGGAAGGUGUGAUGAGCCGAAGGAACUCCUGGAGGAACUCUCCUGUGAGGGUGGUGAUCAAAUGGUUCGAGGGAAUGAGGGAGGCAUGACACCGGAAGGAAUGCCCGCCACUGCUGAAUCCACAAUGCUUGUAGUUAUGGAAGAAGACAUUAACUGCCCUAUUUGCAAAGAAUAUUUCACAGACCUUGUGAUUCUGGAUUGUGGCCACAACUUUUGUAAGGCCUGCAUCAACCAAUACUACGAGACAUGGGAGAAAAUAGAUCAACUGAAAUGUCCUGUCUGCCAAACCAAGAUCCAGAAAGGGAAUUACCGGCCCAACUGGCAGCUGACCAACAUUGUAGAAAACUGCAAACGCUACAGAGGAACACUGUGUGAAAGACACAAGGAAAAACUUAUACUUUUCUGCAAAGAAGACAGAGAAUUGCUAUGUUCCAAGUGUGAACAUUCGCCACAGCACAGCCAGCACUCACUGGUUCUCCUGGAGUAUAUUGAACAGGAGAUCAGAAGGACCUUGAACAGGUCCAAACAUGAGGAGGAAGUGGGGCAUAAGUUGGUUAAUCACCCCAACUUCGAAGAAAGUCUCAACAUUUGCUCACAGAAGAACUCUGCUCUGAUCAAGAAUAUAGAAAAAUUGGAAGGAAGUAUAUUUCUGGAUCCAAGCACAGCAUAUCCAUACCUCAUUGUGUCUGAUGACCUGAAAAGUGUGAGAUGGGGAGAUGGGAAGCAGGACGUGCCCAUGAGCCCUGAGAGGUUUUACUUUGAUCCCUGUGUCCUGGGCUGCAAGAAAUUUGGUUCAGGAAGACAUUUGUGGGAGGUGGAGGUGGGCAUGGAGGUUAAGGAGGAAGAGGCUGAAUGGGCUGUGGGGGUUGUACGAGAAUCUUUCCAGAGGAAUGCGAAGAGUAUCCUUCGUCAUUAUUGUGGCAUCUGGGCUGUGGGAAAGGAGAGGAAUUAUCCAUCCUGUUGCCUCUGGGCUUUUACUUCUCCCAAUUGGACUAUGUUGAGACUGGAACAUCUGCCCAAGAAGAUCAAGGUGUCCUUGGAUUAUGAAAAGAAAGAUGUGGAAUUUUUUGAUGCUGAUUUGGACAAACUGAUCUUCAAAUUCUGCCCUGCCUUUUUCGAUGGGGAGAUGAUCAUUCCCUGUUUGUGGGUAGGUCGUGGUGUCACCCUGAAAUGCUGAAUCUUGAGGAGAAAGCCACAUCAGGGCUUCCACUUUCUCUGCGGCAAUGGGGCAAAUGGUUCUCACGAAUGACUACUGGUUCCUGAACAUGCAACGCUGAAUCUUUUAUUUGCGGGCCAAGAGUUGGGAUGUGUCUUGCCAAAGACAAGGCGGUCCUUUUAAAAUUCAGAAGCAAUACAAAAUACACAAGUGAGUGAGAAGAUUAAAGGUUUUAUUCCAAAACAGCAAGCGAUGUAUACAUACCAAGCAAGCACUUCAGUCUGUCACUUGGAAGCCCUCAAGAAGCAGUGAAGCGACCACCCCCAGGUAGCCUCAGUUGACACAGCCCUGCAGCCGAUCGGUCCAUGCACAAGCUUCAGAGAAACUCUGCCCAAACAGUCAGAUUUUAUAGACCAACCUGUGCAGCUUUCAAGACUGGCUGCGUGCAGAUUGUCCAUCAGCCACCCCUCCCAAUGCCUCACUUUCUCAAAACAUUCAAGAGCGAGGGAGGGGGAAGGAACAGGGGCAGGAAGGGCUCCAUGUCAGACCACUACCUGCUUGAUUUAUUUUGUCUUCCGGAUGCAUUUCCCAUACAGGAUGUUGGAGAAAUCCAUUGAAAAGGGACUAUCAAAUGGGGACUGCCUCUUUGACUUCUAUCACAGCACAGUUUCUCUACCAAACACAUUUU